AUGCAGGGCCCCCGCUUGGCGCUGAUCCGGAGCGCGGGGGACCUGAGGGUCAGACACCCGUGCUCCACCGCCUGGUACCGCCUGGAGGGCGGCCCGGUAUGCAACUGGCCGCAGAAGCCGCAGCCGCCUGAGCCACGCACCAGUUACCCCGUCCCGUGGCCCUGGGCACACCGCUCGGAGUUUCGGCCUCUAGAGACGCUGCCAUGGCCCAGGUCCGCCUGCGCCUGGUCCGACGGGGCUCGUGCUGGUAGCAAAAGCCUGGCCGGCAGCCGCGCCAUCCAGCUCGCCCAUGGCACUCACGCCCAGGGCACCGCAGAUCUACGCCCCCUCGGGCGCCCGCACACCCGAGCCCUUGAUGAUGCCCCGCUGCAGGACGGUUCCCUGGUCCUCUGGUCAGGAUUGUCCAAGGACUCUCCGCACAUGGGCCGGCUCAGAAACGCCAAGAUCCAUGUGGAGAGAGCUGUCAAGCAGAAGAAGAUCUUUAUGAUCCAAGGCCACUACCCGGUGAUCCGGUGCCUCUUGCGCCGCAGGGGCUGGGUGGAGAAGAAGAUGGUCCAUUCGUCGGGCACCACCCUGCUGUCACCCCAGAAGCAUCUGAAUAGCUCAGUAACGGGUGAUAGUGACAUCACUGAGGAUGACGAUCAAGAUGAGGACGAGGUGUUCCAGCCAUCACAACUCUUCGAUGAUGAUGUACUGCAAUUGGAUAACCUAGAUGGGACACAUGCUGUGAUGUCCCGCAUGGUUCGGAAUGAGAUCCCCUACUUCAUCUGGACCACUCGGCGGGAUGUGCUGGACUGUCGCUUCCUCUCCAAGGACCAAAUGAUAAACCACUAUGCCCGGGCUGGCUCAUUUACCACAAAGGUGGGUCUAUGUCUCAAUCUCCGGAAUUUGCCAUGGUUUGAUGAGGCUGAUGCUGACUCCUUCUUCCCACGCUGCUACCACCUGGGGGUUGAGGAAGACAAAAAGGCCUUCAUAGAGGACUUCUGGUUGACAGCUGCCCGCAACGUUCUCAAGCUGGUGGUAAAGUCCGAAUGGAAGUCAUGUUCUGUCCAGGCAAAAGAGGAAGAGGCCCCAGCAGGCAAGCAGCCCAAGAAACUGGAGAAAAAGCCAGUGAUGCUGACUCCAGAGUUUGUGGAUGAGGCUCUCUGCGCCUGCGAGGAGCACCUUAACAACCUGGCUCACCUGGACAUUGACCGGGACCUGGAGGCCCCACUGUUCCUCAGCCCUGAGGGCUGGUCCCACUUCCUACAGCGCUACUACCAAGUGGUCCACGAGGGGGCAGAACUCAGGCACCUGACUGCUCAGGUCCAGCGCUGUGAGGACAUCCUGCAGCAGCUGCGGGCCUUGGUGCCCCAGAUAGACAUGGAAGGAGAUCGCAACGUCUGGAUCGUGAAGCCAGGAGCCAAGUCCCGUGGCCGAGGCAUCAUGUGCAUGGACCACCUGGAGGAGAUUCUGAAACUGGUGGACGGCAACCCCCUGUUGAUGAAGGAUGGCAAGUGGGUUGUGCAGAAGUAUAUCGAGCGGCCCCUGCUCAUCUUUGGCACCAAGUUUGACUUUGACCUGAGACAGUGGUUCCUGGUGACCGACUGGAAUCCACUUACCGUGUGGUUCUACCACGACAGCUACAUCCGCUUUUCCACGCAGCCCUUCUCCCUGAAGAACCUGGACAACUCAGUGCACCUGUGCAACAACUCCAUCCAGAAGCACCUGGAGAAUUCGUGCCAUCGGCACCCGCUGCUGCCCUCAAACAACAUGUGGUCGAGCCAGAAGUUCCAGGCCUACCUGCAGGACAUGGGGGCCCCAAACGCCUGGUCCAGUGUCAUCGUGCCUGGCAUGAAGGCUGCAGUGAUCCAUGCUCUGCAGACUUCCCAGGACACUGUGCAGUGUCGGAAGUCUAGCUUUGAGCUUUAUGGCGCUGACUUUGUGUUUGGUGAAAACUUCCAGCCCUGGUUGAUUGAGAUCAAUGCCAGCCCCACCAUGGCGCCCUCCACGUCUGUCACCGCCCAGCUGUGCGCCGGUGUGCAAGCCGACACCCUGCGUGUGGUCAUUGACCGGCGGCUGGACCGAAACUGUGACACGGGAGCCUUUGAGCUCAUCUACAAGCAGCCUGCCGUGGAGGUGCCUCAGUAUGUGGGUAUCCGGCUCCUCGUAGAGGGCUCCACCAUCAAGAAGCCCAUGGCGAUGUGUCACCGGCGGGCAGGAGUCCGCACAGCGCUCCCUCACCUGCUGACCCGGCAAGGCUCUGGGGAAGGCAAGGACUCGGGGACCCUUAGCCACAUAUCACUUCCUAGGAAAGGUCCUGGGGCCAGGAACCUGGGGCACAUCCAGAAGCCAGACUCCACUGCCACCACAUCCGCUGCUGGGAAGGGGAAGAAAGGCAAGGCAAAAAGUGCUACAGCUCUGGUCCACUCCAGUAUCCAGAAGUGGGACCCACCCUGCACAAAGAUGGGCUGCAUUUUCACCAUCACCUUUGCUAGUGGGGAUAGGCAACCCCACUCCUUGAACAGAUUGCUAUUGAGUCCGAAGAACCUCCAGACCCUGGGGAGGACCGUUCCCCCCAAACACCCCAGGCAAUUUCUUCCUGCUCUUCAAGGACUUCCUCACCACCUGAAUUUGCCCCCUACCCAGAACCUCACCAAAGAGCCACCCAGUAACAAGUAAAAGCCACCACUUACAAAGUAUUUUUAAAAAAUAUACAACUGAGUAUUGUCCCCUCCAAAAGAGUUACCUUGUGAGGCAGUUAUUUCAAAGAUGCCAGAACUCAAUUGCAGGUAGAUCUCUGCCCAGCACCCAAGUUUUUCCUGCCACAGCGUUGUGCCUUUGCCUCUGGGGGAAAGGAAUGACAUUUGCACAGCACUGAACAGUUGACACUGUGUCGCUACCCAACCAGCUCCUUUAGUCCUCACAACCUAGUGAGGUUGGUGCUAUUGUCCCCUUUCCAGCCAAGGUAUCAGGAAGUUUAAGGAAGUUGCCCAAGGUUGCACAGCUCAGAAGGGGCAGAGAUGGGAUGCAGACCCAGGUCUGUUGGAGUCCAAACCAUGGCCUCUGGGCGGGCUCCCAUCUGCCUUCAUCUGCCCCAGCCUUCAUCUCUCCCCACCUCCCCCGCCCUACACGCACACUUUGAGGGGUAGCUGGUCAGACUUCGGCCCUCCCCAUGCCUUCACAGCGCCUCUUGCUCCCACAGCCCCUUACCACUUCCCCAGCCUCCACAACAAGGUGCAGCUGCCUUCUCUCCAUGUGUGCCAACCCCAGGGGCGGGUCCUGAGACUGCAGCACAACGAGCUGAUGGGCUCUGAGGCCCUGUUGACCACAGGCAAGCCCUUGAUGAUUCUACCUACUGCCAAGAUUUUUAUACCUUUCCCACCUAACCCUGAGCUCAAGCAGGCACCCAUCAUCCUGAAACCAAGAAAGGUGGGCUCAAAUGAUGACUUGCUCCCUGGUGGGCAAUGCUGAGUGCUGGGGUCAGGGCUUGCGGGCAUAGGCAGAGGGCAGCUCCCAGGCUGGCUGGAACCCCAAGGGGAGGGCUUGUUUCCCUUAGAAUUUCCUUCCUGGACAAAUUCCUGAUCAUCUCUUCCCCUUCUCCCCUCUUUUGCACCGAGGCUGUUGCUUCUAAGCGCGUUCACGGUCCUCAUCAUGGAGGUGCCUUGCGGCCUCUACCCUUUGAAGUUGGAAAGCUUCCUAGCACACAUAGGAGUAACAAGGCCAAAGGCGACUUCAAGGCCAGACUCUGUGACAGACCCAAGACAGAAGCAUACCCCAUGAAGGUGCUGAACCUUCCGGGCCCCCUGCCUCUGAUCAAUGCACACCAGGGGUUGUGGGGUAUGGGGGAUGUGAAGCUAGAGAAGCCCUUGCUUCAGGCCUCACAGUCCCUAUGCCGGAUGCAGCACCAAAUAAAAAGGAGCAAGUAAAGUA